CUCCUCUCUAUAGGUUCUCUGGUGAGGUUUUGUAAGGUCCGGAAAGAGCAGUUGUAAAACAGAGGCUCUGUACCUCAGAGAGGAUCAGUAGAGAGGUGAGUGAUGAUCUAUCAUGAAGCACAGCUGCAUCCACUGGUUUCGGAAGGGUCUUCGCCUGCAUGAUAACCCUGCUCUAAAAUAUGCUUUACACGACUGCAAGCACAUGUAUCCAGUGUUUAUACUGGACCCCUGGUUCCCCAAGAAUGCUCAGGUUGGCAUCAACAGGUGGAGGUUCCUCAUUGAAGCCCUCAAAGACCUGGAUUCCAGUCUGAGGAAACUCAACUCCAGGCUUUUCGUUAUUCGAGGGGUGCCCAGGGAAGUUUUUCCAAGGCUGUUUGAGGAGUGGAAAGUUACACGGCUGACUUUUGAGGUCGACUCAGAGCCAUACAGUCAAAAAAGGGACAAGGAAGUGAUGGACUUGGCUAAACAGCAUGGUGUAGAAAUCAUUACCAAGAUCUCCCACACUCUUUACAACUUGGAAAGGGUUAUUGAAGAGAAUAAUGGAAAGGCUCCUCUGACCUACGUUCGCUUCCAGACUGUUUUAAAUAAAAUUGGCCCACCUAAAAGGCCAGUACCUGCACCAACCAGAGAGGAUAUGAAAGGCGUAUCAACACCAAGCUCGGAGACAGAUAAGGAGAAUUAUGGGGUACCAACUUUGGACGAGCUUGGACAGGAUUCCACAACAUUAGGACCAGUACUUUACCCAGGAGGAGAGCAGGAAGCUCUGCGCAGACUGGACGAAUACAUGCAGCGCACGAACUGGGUGUGCAGUUUUGAGAAACCCCAGACGUCCCCCAAUGCCCUGAAGCCCAGCACCACCGUCCUCAGCCCAUACGUCAAAUUCGGAUGCCUGUCCGCACGCACUUUCUGGUGGCGCCUCGCUGAAGUGUACCAUGGGAAGAAACACUCUGCACCGCCGGUCUCCCUGCAUGGUCAGCUGCUGUGGAGAGAGUUCUUCUACACUGCAGCUUAUGGAAUCCCGAACUUCAACAAAAUGGAAGGCAACACAAUCUGUGUGCAGGUGGACUGGGACAGUAAUCCGGAGCACCUCGCCGCCUGGAGGGAGGCUCGAACCGGCUUCCCCUUCAUCGAUGCUAUAAUGACACAGCUGCGGCAGGAAGGCUGGAUUCAUCACCUGGCCCGACACGCCGUGGCCUGCUUCCUGACCCGAGGGGACCUGUGGAUCAGCUGGGAAGAAGGCCAGAAGGUGUUUGAAGAGCUGUUGCUGGAUGCUGACUGGGCACUGAACGCAGGAAACUGGCAGUGGCUCUCAGCCAGCGCAUUCUUUCACCAGUACUUCAGAGUCUACUCCCCCAUUGCGUUUGGGAAGAAGACAGACAAGAAUGGAGACUACAUCAAGAAAUAUCUCCCAAUACUAAAGAAAUUCCCAGCUCAGUACAUAUACGAACCCUGGAAAGCACCAAAGAGUAUCCAGGAGCAGGCAGGGUGUAUCGUGGGAAAAGAUUACCCUCGUCCAAUUGUGGACCACGACACCAUCAGCAAGAAAAACAUCCAGAGAAUGAAAGCAGCGUACGCCAAGCGCUCCCCUGACUCGAGUGACGGCUCCGCUGAGAGGAAAGGACAGAAACGAAAAUCAGCGUCCAUCAUGGAAAUGCUCACGAAGAAGGCAAAGAAAUAAACAGGUUUCAUAACCAGUGUGAAGAGGACAUGGGUCAGAUGCUCGUUAUCGCCCUUAAAAUUGUUCUUUGUUUACAGCCAGAGAUUCAGAGAUUAAUCAGGAAAACUGAACAUGUUUUUUUUCGACAGCCUUUUAUUAUUAAGAUGCUAAAACACAUCCAUGGUGCUUCACCCAGCACUUAAACACAAAACUCAGGAGCUGAGAUUUUCAGCUAUGGCAUAAUUAAUCACAAAUGUUUUUU